AACCGCCAAAAGGGCGCGAAUCGCUUGUGCUCGGCAGACGCUGAAAGGAGGAAAGGAAGUAGAAGACGGUUGACACGGAAGCAUUUUUGUCCAAUUUGGUUUGAUCUGGGGAGUUGUGUAGUGAAGUUAGCUUACAAGCCGACUUGACUAUGGCUCAGUCAACUAUCACUAAUUUCUACACAAAUCGUAAGAGGUCAGCAGUGGACGAUUUGAAAGGCAAUACUACCAAAAUUAGAGCCCUGGAGUCGGACAUCAUCUCAGGUUAUGGACGUGCAAAGUCCGACGAAAAUCCAAGUCAGCCCAGCGUCCGCAUUGAAGUCGAGGCUACGGUAGUAAUUUCUGCAGAUGCUGCUGCUUCAAAGGUAAAGCCGCUGAUUGCAGCUUCUUCUCAAGUCACGCCCAAGCCCAAGACUCCGGCCCGAUCGACGCGCAAAACCACCAAGGUUAAGGAUCCUAAACAGGCAGAUAUGAAGAUGUUUCUUGGCAAAGUAGCUGCCAGAGGUGAUGUCAAAUCAGAGCCAAGUCCAUCUAUGGCCUCCUCAAAUGUUAUCAAGGAAGAACCGGUUGGAGAAGUUUCUACUAAGGAGAAGGAUUCCGCUUCAGAAGAUGUACAAUUACCAGACAUCAAACAUGAGAAAUGUGUCGAAGGAAGCUCAUCAAACAUUUCAGAGCUUGAGACGCAAGCUAAUCAUCAGCCUAUUCCUGCUAUUACAGUAACUGCGGAAGAUAACACAAGCUCGUCAAUCAUUCAAGAACCAAAUGUUACCCGUGCUGAGAGAAAGGAAAGCAAUGUGGAGAAAGCAAGAAAGGAACUUUCUCUUGGUGACAUUAAAUCAAAAUUGACACGAUCUGCUCGUUUAGCAGAACUUAAAGCGAGUAUGGCUCGCAUUGAUGAAGGCCGUCAAAAGUUGAAGAAGAUUGAGGAGACUAAGAAAAAGCAGCAGGAAGCUUCUAAUUUGUCUCCUCAGCUUAUUCAGUUCAAUGCUAUAGAGCUGGAAGUUCCAGUCAGCCCAUCAAAAUCGCCCAUGAAGAGCCCUAUGAAGAGUCCAUUAAAGGGCCUUGCUGGGUCAAGAAGUCCUGCAUUCCAGAGAUAUGCUUCACUUGCACAACCAGGGUCAACAUCCCUUCCCUUGCCAUACAGCUAUCGUAAUCUUGGGGACUUUUUCCGUUGUGUUGAUCAAACUUCAUCUCAAAUGCAUAAUCGUGGAGAAGUUGUUACCUUUGAGAAGCUGCAAUCUGCUGUUCAGAAUAUGACUCGAAAGGCCUUUACCCUUAAUCAUCUUGCCCAGAUACUAGCAGUUUUUCCAGAGUCGUAUAAUCUGAAAUAUGACAAGAUACGUAAUUUUGGAGUACCAUCAGAGCAAGACAAGUAUCACCUAGUGGUCUCCCCUGUCAUUUCCAGUAACCCUGGUGGUGAAAAAUCUGCUGGUCCAACUAUAACAGGGUCCUUGUUGUUGGAGAGACGUAGAGUAUUUUACAACAACCUUCUGGACAUAGUCAAGAAGCAUCAUCAGGAAUUUCUGCAAUCUCUUGACCCACCGAUGGAAGUUCCUUUAGGAAGCCUGACGCGCUGGCAUCCAGAUUUUGCUGUAGAUCAGGUCCCAAGCAUUGCUCCUGGUCAUCUUCCUGAGGCUCCAAAUUUGGAAAAGUGUGUGUCUGCCAAAGAUGUUCUGGCAAAACAGAGGCAGCUGUAUUCAUGCAAUCCUCGCAUGGAGAAAGCUCUAGAGUCAGUUGCUCAGGCUAAUAGCCCAGCUGUUCCAACAGUAAAUGUUCAAGUUGUAAACCCAACUCCAACUAAUCCACCAACUUCACCCUUCAAGAGUAUGAAAUUGUCUUCUGCCUUGAAAGGCAUUCCUAAAGCUUUACUAGAAAAGGUAAGAGCAAGAGAGGCGGCUAAGGCCUUGGAAUCAAUGACUCGGACCUCAGCUCAAGAUAAAGAAGCUAUUCAGUAUGGAAGGCUACCGGAAAUUGCUCGUAUAUUGCGCAAUGUAUUUGUUACUGAGAAGAAGAGCACUCUUCCCUUAGAUACAGUCUUAGAGAAAGUAGGGAAUAGUUAUCGGUCAGCUUUAUCUCCAAGGGAGUUGGAGGAGCACAUUCGACUCAUGGAAAAGUCUGUUCCUGGCUGGUUGACAUUUAAGCGCCUUCUGAAAAAUGAUUACCUUGAACUCUCCAAAAAGGCUGAGAUGAGUCGAGUGAUGACCAAACUCCAAAAUCUUGCAAACGCUAAAUAAGGAAUCUUCAGAUAAGUUUCCAUCAUCUUAUUUUUGCUAUAUUUAUACCUAUACUGAUAAAUAUUAAUGACUGCCCUUAGUCAUUAAUGUUUUGUUGGUAAAGCUUUAAAUUUAGAGUUUCUUAAUAGUUGCUGUGGACUGAUAAUCAUAAGAGGUUCCAUCUGUGAGUGUGCUACACCAAAAUUGGUGUACCACACACCUCAUUGUUGUGGAAUAUAUAUUUGAUCUCAAUUAGUUUUAAAACCAAUCAGUGUUUCUGUUGUGGCGUUUCUAUGCACACUUUACAAUUUUAAUGCAUGACUGGAUUUCAGUAUUUAUUAUCUUAACGUUUUUAAUAGUUGGCCUCUACCAGUUUUCAGCAAAAUUAAUACUCAUCCUUUUUAUCUACCAGUUAUGUUUCCUUUUAAAACUGUAUUUUUGUAUGUUCUUAAUUUUCUUUGGACGUCACUGUGUAUUUAAAUAGUAUAUUUACGUACUCAAUGUGCUUCACCAAAUAUGUAGAUAUUUGUAACUGGUAGAAAAUGCAGACUCUUUGUCUUGAUUA